AUUCUCGACUAAAGAUUAAGCAAUAUUAGCCGCCCAAGUUGACGUUGACAAAAGAGAACAAACAGUCUUACCUGGUGAAAACGUUUCUUACAUGUGCAGAGUUGCAGUACCUCUACAAUACUGUAGAGUAGAAAUUCCCGGAUUACAGACCUUUAACUUGAACAGAGGAAUUUCUAAUUCAUACGUUUCAUAUUAUGGAGAAGGCUUAGAUGCAGGCCAAUGUGGUUUUACUCUACACGGCGUUAAAGAUCAAAACAACGGAGAAAUCAAAUGUACCCUGGGAAUUAUCAGUGAAGCCCAGGAAUCUAUCGGAACCAUGAGCCUUAUAGUUGCAAAUGCUCCAAAACCACCAGAACUCGAAUUGAGCAGAGGAACUGAUCAGCUUAACGUAUACAAAGUUGAUGACACACUAGAAGCUUCCUGCACUGUUAGGGAUGGCAGACCAGUAGCUAAUAUUACUUGGUUUUUAGAUGACGAACCAAUUGACGAACUUCCAAUGCCUGCAAUUUUAGAAUUGGCAAAAGAACACCUCCUAACCAAAGUGCAAAAUUUGACAAGAAAACUGAGGGCAUCCGACAAUGGAAAGUUCCUUAGAUGUGUUGCUUACCAUCCAGCAUAUCCGGGACAAGUGGGCGAAUCUAAAAGGAGGCUGGAUAUUAAAUAUGCUCCAUUACCCCAAAGACAAACAAUUGAGGCUUACGAUUACGGAAUUGGAAAAACAGGCGAAAUCAACGUAACAGUGGAAGCUAAUCCCAGGCCUAGUUUCGAAUGGACGGUUGACGGGCAAAGGAUCAGGGAAGGUAGUCAUGACAACACCGGUAUUAUGGAGGCUGAAUUUGCAAGAGAAUUGGGAAAUGGUAGAUAUCUAGCCGUCUUAAGAAUAGCGAGAAUAGGCAAACAGGAUACGGAGAAGGUUUAUAUUUUGAAGGCGUACAACGAUCAAGGAAGUCAAGAAUAUCGAGUGAAGAUAUCGACAAAUUCAGAACCAAAAGGAAUUACAAAAUUCUUUAAGCAACACGUAUAUGGCGUUUAUGGUUACGAAUUUGGUGCCGAUUCAAUCAUUGCAAUCGUAGUGGCCAUUUUGUUUAUUAUUCUAGUCAUAUCUAUCCUGAUUUUUGCCAAAAUUACCGGAAGGUGGUGCUUUAGUGGUCAGCGAGAUAGUCGAUAUAUUGCAGAAUCCAGCGAUACCGAGAGCGCAGACGUACGCCCCAAGGAGAAAAAAUGUCGACUACCAUCCAUACAACUGACAUCGGCCUUCUUCAGGAAGAAGUUUGAUAAAAGCGUCCCAGAACAACGCGAUAAUCAAGACCAAGACGAAGCUGAUGCUGAUACCAUACCUGCUGAAGAGCUGACCAACACCGACCAGGUGUUAACCACGGUUGAGAAAGUAAACGAGAAAGAGGUUAAGGAUAAAAAUCUAGUUUAUGCAGAGCUGGACUUAGUGAGUCCAAACAGUCCGAAUCUCAAGCCUGUUGUCAAAGGUAAUGACGACAAAACGGAGUAUGCGGAAAUUGUUUAUACUCCGUCGAAGGAAGACGAAAAAGAAGGCAAAGAGGAAAAAAAUAAGAAAUAAGUUUACGUAGAAUACAAAAUUUUGCUUUUCAUUAAAGAAUAAUUGUAUACAGAGUGUUUAUUUUUUUUAUUAUAGGCAUAAUAUAUAAUCCGUCUAGAAAGUAUCCGGAAAAAAGAAAGCAAAAUUACAAUUAUCGAUAUAUAUUUUUAGGACUUGAGUUAAAAAAAAAAUUAUUAACAAAUUAUUAAUUUUAUUUACUUACAGAACCUCCAUUUAACUCCAAACACUUAACUAAACGUCCAGGUACACACGAAACUAGGUCCACCCCAUAAUGUUCAGUGGCGGUAGUCCAGGCUUGUAAAACUGAGCGAAUCAAAUCUUGUUUAUUUCGUGGAGCUGCUCGUUCCACUUCAGUCUUCAUUAGUCCCCAUAUGUUUUCAAUGGGACUAAGGUCUGGUGAUGCUGCUGGCUAUGGAAUUGUUGCUAAAUGGUGUUCUUGCAUCCAAGCUUGAGUAUAGGCAGACGUAUGGCAUCUUGCAUUAUCCUGCUGAAAACGCCACCCCUCUGGAUAUAAAACAUGAGCCGUUUCAUGAAGAAAACCAUUUAAAAUAUCACAAUAUUUUGCACUAUUAACAGUUCCAUCAACUAUACAUAGAGGUGUAGUACCACGCUGAGAUAUUGCUCCCCAAACCAUUAUUUUAGUGGGAAAUUUUGAAACUUGAACGGUAACAUUUUCUUUUGAUAGAAUUUUUAGGUGGUUUCCACUAAGCUGGAAACAACUUUCGUCAACAUCUUCUUAAAAACGUUGACAAAAAUCCAUUCUUCGCUGGCUUUGUAGAUGUGUUAUUGCAGCGAUUUUUUUUGGCUUCCUUGAUAUGUAGCCUUUUCUUUUCAGUGACAUGCGGACGAUUUCUGGACACACUUUUCAUUUUCGCUGACUUCCAAAUCUGUUAGCCCAUUUGCGAAACCCUAGGCGCGGAUUCUGUCGUCCUAAUGCCACUAAAGCGUUUAAAUUAUUUUCGAGAAUCUUACGCGGUCUUCCUGAAACUGGUACAUGCUUCAUAUCUGUGCCAUUUUUUAUCCUCUUCAUCGUCUCAUAUAUUGCACUUUUUUCCGAGUUCAGUCAAUUGCACUAAUUUUUGAACGUUUCGAACAUAUUUUCUAUACAAAUACUCCACCAUUUCUAUUUUUUUUUAAUUGCAACAUUAUUUCUCAUAACUUAGGCCGGUUUAUAAUCAACAAUAUUUGACAGAUGGUGUUGCCAUGCGAUUUUGGUCAUAGCCUACUAUCGGCAUGGCUACGUGAUGGAUUACUGUUGUCUUAGAGUGUUACAGAAAAAAAACAUUAAAAUUAGGAAAAAUAUAAAAUUCCGGAUACUUUCUAGACGGACUAUAUUAUCCCGGAAAUUCAUGCCAAGUUAAGAGGUUUAAAAUUUAGAUAAGGCGUACACACCCAGAAAACUUUCAUUUUUUUGUCUUUUGACGGUUAAAAUGAGAAACCUGCUGGUUUAUUAUUCCUGGACGUAUAUAGGGUGUCAUUGAAAUUGUGUAAAAAAAUCAGAGGGUAAUAGUACUCCUAAAAAUAGUAAA